CACUAAAAAUAGUUUGUCGCAUAAUCCUCAACACAAAAGACUUGCCGACUCUUCGAACACCACUCUAUGUAUGGAUGUUACAUUAAUUACGUUUCGUUAAAUAAGAAAAACAUUCCACGCUCCCACAAAAAACAUGAAAGUAAUCUGAAUAUAAUUGCGCAUCGUAAUAAAAAUAGCUUCAUAAAUCACAAUGUCAAACACAUCUCAGCCAGUCUGAGCUCUCACACAACAUGGGAGAUAAGAUAACGGGCGCGUCAGUAGUCAGUCACUUGCAGGCGAUGGACAACUUCGGGUACCGCGAGAUGGGGUGGCCUUCUCCCCUUCAUACGCCCGCCCAAACCACGCCCAUGAGGGCUGGAUUCCGUGGCAACAGCCUCAGAUCGCGAGCUCCAAGAGAGCCGGAAGAAUUUCCACUAAAUACCAAUUACAACAAACAUGUUAGAAACAUUGAUCUUUUGGAGUCAGCUCGAGAGCCCUGGAAAGCGAAAGAGUACCUCUUCGUUGGACCCUCCCCACCAGCUGAAGAUGCUCCCAACAUGUACCACAGUUUCGAUGUCCUCGCUCCAGAUCCUGAAGCCAGGUUGACUGAAGAAGCCGCCCGCAGAAGCCUGUGUGAAAAAGCUUUGACACUUGGUGCUGCAAGAUUCUUUGAUGAUGUAGAGUGUGGAUUAAUAACAACAGACAACAUCCAGGAACACAUCUGCUCUGCUCCUGAAGUGGUUGUGAACUUGACGUUACUGUGGGCUGCGUUGCUUGCCAGGGAUGAACUACUGCCAGCGAUUUUGGAAGCAGGUGCUGACAUCCACUACUCAGAACCUGAAGGUUUGACAGCGUUACAUCUCGCAGCAUUCAGUGGUGCAGGGCGAGCGGCCAUCUUCCUUCUCUCUCGUGGUGCUGAUGUUGAUUUUGCGCCGAAAUACUUCGCACCCCUUCACUGUGCUGCGUUUGGUAAUUCUUUGGAAGUGGCUGAAAUUCUCAUAGCUAAUGGUGCUUCGUUACACGCUGUCGUGCAAAGGGCAGGAUGUGAGGAUAAUCUAGUGCAUUGUGCAGUUCGAGCUGAUGCUGUUGAGUGUAUGGAACUGUUCAUCGAGAGAGGAGUGGACCCAGCGUAUGUUACCUCGGGUGGAUUGAACGCCUUACAUCUAGCCGCUGAACUUGGUGCACAAAGAUGUCUAUCGUAUUUACUGAAAGAGACAAAGAUAAGUGUAAACGGUGUUACCAAACAAAGAGAUAAGGAAUGCACAGCUAUACAUCUAGCAGCGGCGAGAGGGUACGCUGAAUGUCUAGAGCUAUUGUUAUCAGAGGGCGCAAAAGCAAACACGAAGAAUUACAGGGGUUUUACCGCAUUACAUCUUGCAGCUAGAUGCUCAAGUAUCGAAUGUGUUGAAGUGCUUCUCAGAGAUGGAAAUGCUGACCCUAACGUUGAAGACUAUGACAAACGCACACCACUACAUGCCGCCAUUGGUCGAUCGGAGCGCGCCUGUGACAUCAUUGAUAUGCUUGUAAGUUGGGGUGCUCAAGUCAACAAAAAGGAUGAGUAUGGGUAUUCACCACUGCAUUUAGCCGCUAUGGAUAAUUUGACACAAUGCGUGGAAACUCUUAUAUUCCUUGGAGCUGAUGUGACUUCGAAAUCUAAGAAAGGGCACACAGCUUUGAGUGUGAUUGCUAGGAAAACUCCGAAAUCAUUAGCGAUAUUGCGCCAUAAUCUUGAUUGUGGCAUCUCUUUAAACCAACCGAGUGAAUCUAACGAAGAAGUACAAAUUGAAUUUGAUUUUGGUAGAAUGUUGAAAUUUUCUUAUCCGCGCGAGAUCACAUAUUUAAACAGUUUGAUAGAUGAAGGCCAAAAAGAUAUAUUACUACAUCCGCUUUGCUCCGCGUUUUUGUUUAUGAAAUGGAGGAAGAUAAGGAAGUUUUAUUUGGCGAGGCUAAUAUUUUGUUUUCUUUUUGUAUCAUUCCUGUCCAUUUACGUGUUGACGGCUGUCGUCAAGACUUGUAAGGGUAAAUAUGCUGAGAAGUAUGGCGUGCUGAACGAACUCUGUCAGAAGCAAUCGCUGUUAGGUUUGAUUCUUACUAACAAUCCUAUAGAAUUCGAGAGAUGGGUUUUGAUGGCUAUCACAGCAUUUGAAAUCCUUCGGAAGCUGACUGGCAUAACUGGGUAUUCAAGUUUUUAUCAAUACUUUACAACGUUCGAGAAUUUGAUGGAAUGGUUUGUCUUGCUGUCUGUGUUUUCUCUUUACAAAAUACAUAAUGAUUACAGCUGGCAGAACCAUGUCGGAGGGUACGCGGUGUUGGGAGCUUGGACUAACUUGAUGCUAAUGAUGGGUCAACUUCCAAUGUUCGGUGACUAUGUGGCCAUGUAUCAAAAAGUAUUGACAGAGUUUCUGAAAUUGUUAUUAGCCUACAUUUGUCUUCUCCUCGGCUUCACGAUCUGCUUCUGCGUUGUGUUUCCAAACGAGGAGAUGUUUUCAAACCCUUUGAUGGGCUUCAUCAGUACAUUAUCAAUGAUGGUAGGAGAGUUGAAUUUGAACAUCUUGAUUAAUGACCCAACGAAAGAUGAUCCGCCGUUGAUAUUCGAAUUGUCCUCACAAAUUAUCUUCAUCCUAUUCCUUAUGUUCGUCACUAUUAUCUUGAUGAACCUACUUGUCGGUAUUGCUGUCCACGACAUUCAGGGCUUACGUAAGACCGCUGGUCUUUCCAAAUUAGUCCGUCAGACUAAACUGAUUUUGUUUGUAGAAAUGGGUAUGUUCAGCGCUUGGCUGCCAAAAUGUCUUCACAAAUAUGUAUACAGAACUGCUCUGGUGUCACCAGAAGCUGGCAAAGUGAUCUUGAGUGUGAAACCCUUGAAUCCUAGAGAGAAGAGAUUGCCCACAGACAUAAUGAUGGCUGCAUACGAAUUGGCGCAGUUGAACAAAGUGAAAUCAGGAAGGUCUAUCAAAGAGAUUCUGUAUAAGAACAAGUACACGUCGAAAUUGAAGAAUGAGGGACAAUUUGCACCUGAUCAUAAUUUCAGUUUAGAGAUCAGAGGAAUGCAGGAGAAAAUAGAUCAGGCCACGUUUAAUAUGAAGAAGAUAGACCAGGAGAUACGGCAUUUGAACACUCUAUUGAUGGACCAACAGACUCUUCUGCAUAACUUCUUCAAAAACACUGAUAUCAUCCCAUACAAGGCUCCUCACACAGCCACUCCCAUAUAUUCCCCAGAGUCCCCAAUAUUUUUCACUAACACAAGCACGAGUCAGUAUUCGGAAAACAGUACUAAAUGAUAAUAGGUCGUAUGGUAAUUUAAGUGAAUAAAGAAAUUGAUACUUGUGCUCAAGUAGUUACAGUUCAAUGUUGAAUGUUUCUUUGAGUAUCUGGUUAGGAUGUGCUUAAGAGCCUGAAGGGAAAAUUAUUUAAACAAAGUUUAAGUUAAGCUGAAAUGUAUAAAAUGCUUGUUAACUUUACAGAUGUGGUUCAUAUCUCAUAAACUGCUGAAGCGAUUUUAAUAAAACUUGAAACUGCACUUAACAUUUUUCCUUGAUGUAUUAUGUAUUUAAAUAUGAGACCACGUAAAUACACUCCUAUUUUUGGAAAUCUAUCCAAUAAAUAACUGCUAAAGAAGUCAGGGUAUUAUUAUUAUAGAUUAAGAAUGCAAUACUAAAUGAAAUGAGAUGAAUAAUAAAUUUCACAAUGUUAUGUGUCUAACAUGCAAUUGCAGUAUUAAAAAAAUAAAGUCAACUAAAACAAAAUGUACGAUCAUUCGCGAAAACAAAUCUUUUUGUAAACAGAAAUGUUCCCAAAAAACAAUAAAAUAUUCCGAAAUAUUUCUAGAUAACAAUUAAUUUGUUCUACGAUAAAGUCUGUGUAUCAGUACCCUUAGUACGAGUUUGCUUUACGU